GAACGCGUGGGAUGAGGGGAGGGUCAGCUUCAACACGUAUUUAGUGCCUCCUCUAGCAGAGCCGCAUCUUCCCUGGGCCUCAGUAACUGGGAUGGGAUCUGGCGGCAACUCUACUCCUAGGUGCUCCGACUUCCUGGUGUUAUCUCUCCAAGGAUAAGGAUUUGGGGGCAGAAGGGGAGCCUCUCUCUAACCCUCAUAACCCAGGCCUGGAGGGUCAGCUGCACCUCCGGAAGCAGGGGAGUGCCCACCCCAUGGCACUCUGGCCAGUUCCCGGUAUCCUCCUGGACAGGCUCCCAGAGGCCCACAAAGGCCUUCAGACAAAGUUCUGGGCCAGGCUUUGCCUGUGCCCUGGGCCCACAGCCCUCUGGCUCUAAGGAACUGCAAGUCCCUGGCACUUCUUAUGGGGUUUUGUCCACUAGCCCUGGACCAGUGCUGGCAGGGCCCUGUGCUGGGGGGUGGGGGUAGGACAGGCAACUCUCAGAGCUGUGCAGUCUCCCGUCUUUCCCUCCUGCCCGUGGCCUCGCUCUCCUCCAGGACACCUUCCCCCACACAUCAUGCCUGCUCAGGCUAUGUCUUUUCCCCACUUGUCCUUCUCUUGGCUGCAAGUCCAAAUCUUUGCCAUCCUCAGGUCCUGCUUAUAUCCUACCGCUCAUUUCUUCAUCCAUCCGUUUAUUCAACAAGUAUUUAUUGAGCUCCUGCAAUGCUCCAGGCCCUUGCUAGAUGCUGGGGAUCCAGCAUUUACAAGACAUAGUUCCUGUCCUUUUUGGAGUUCAUAGUCCAGGGAGAGAGUAGGUAGGAGACUAGUAAAACUCAUACCUAAAACUGGAUUCCAUUGUGUGAUAAUUGGGGUGAAGCAGAUAAGCUGCCAGCUUCAGGAAGCUCUACCUACAGAGGUGUUUCCCCUGGAAAGUCAUCUGAUAGGUUGUGAGCUGCGGAGGAAGGGUUUUGGUUUGGCCCUGCUCCUCCUCCUCCCAGGGCCAGGCUCACAGGCAUGCACUAGGUGCUCAAUAAAUGUUGUUUGUACACAUGGAUGAAUCAUCAUUCUCAUGGCCAGGGGCUGUCCAGUGAGAAUGGCAUUUCCUCCCAACAUAAGAGUCAUAGGUAAUGCUGGGGAUCGUACAGAUAAGACCCUGAGGUUCCAAGGAUUGCAUCCUAGGCCUCUGUGGCUUCCUGCCUCGCUCCUCACCACACAGCGUCCCUACCUCGGGCUCUGUCAGAGUCCCAUGGCCCAUGCAUGGGUUUGUCUGUGACCUCUCAUUCAUCCAUUCUUUGGCUCUAUCACCUUUUGGGUGCCCACUGUACCCUGGCCCUGAGCUCUUGAGGAAGUGGGGACCUAGAGAAGAGAGGGUCCUUGCUGUCAUGGACCAUCCAGUCCAGACAGUAAUGGCGCAGCGCAAUGCAUGCUGUGAUAGGGGAAGAUGAUGGUGCUUUGUGAGCCUGGAGGGCUGUUUGCUCAGUCUGGGGGCACCUCCUCAAAGAGGCCUCCUCUGGUCAUCUGGCUGAAGGAGCUCCCAUUUCCAGCUGGGUGCUUUUACAGCCCCAUUUUUUCCCCCCGGAGUACUUUUUAGUAUCUGCAGUUACCUUCUUUCUUUAUCUGUUAGUGUUUUCAUUAUCUGAGCGCUUUACUGAGUGCCUGCUAUGUGUCAGGCAAUGUUCUAGGCCCUGGGCAUAUAGACGUUGAAAGAACAAAUUUCCUUCUCUCUUGGAGCUUAUGGUCUAGUGAUGAUAGUGGUGGUAGGAAGACAGACAAUAACCAGAAUAAAUAGGCAGGCAUGUAGUAUAUAAAUACAUGUUAUGGAGGAAAAGCAAGCAGGCAAAGGGGAGACUGUUAGUAUUUUAGGCAGAUGGCUAAAGGGGGUGAGGGGUGUUUUAAGCAGAGGGAAUAGCAAGUUCAAAGGCCCUGAAGUGGGAAUGUGCCUAGUGUGUUAGAGGAUCAAUGAGGAGGCCACUGUGGCUGGAGAGGAGUGAGGUCAGACAGGUGGGAGGGCCCAGAUCAUGUAGGACCUUGUAGCCUUUGUAGAGCUCUGCUUUAACUCUUAGGGACAUGAGAGCCAUUGGAAGCUUUUGAGCAGAGGAGUCACAUGAUCUGGCUUACGUUUAACAGGAUCCCUCUGGCUGCUGUGUUGGAUAUGUUGGUAGUGGGGUUGGGUGCAAGUGGGGGGACCAGUUAGGAGGCUACGGUAACAAUCCAGGUGAGAGGCGAUUGUGACUGCAGCCAGGUGGUGGCAAUGGGGCUGAUGAGCAGUGACCAAUUUGAGACAUAGUUUGAAAGUAGAUCCCACGGGGUCUGUUGAGGUAUUGCAUGUAGCGGGGGAGAGAGAGACAAGGACAACGCCUGGGUUUGGGCCUGAGCUGAUGGCAGGAAGGUGGUGGCAUCUACUGCGGUGAGGAAGAGGUCAGUUCCCAUUGUGAUCACUCAGAGCUGCUCUUUGUACAUCGUGGUGGAGCCCUCAGGUCAGCCGUUGGGUAUGAGGGUCUGACCUGAGCCAGAAGAGGUUUGGGCUAGAGAAUCACACAGGAUGAUCCUUGGGGUUUAGAUGGGCUUUGAAGCCAGGUGGGUGCACCACGGAGGAGGGAGGUGGAAAAGAAGACAGAUGACUGAGGUAUUUGGGAGUCAGGGGGUGGAGGAGGAACAAAGAAGGGCGAGAAGGUAGAGCCAGGGAUAUGGGAAAGCGGUAUGAGUCCUGGAAGUCAAUGGGAGGAACUAUUUCAAGGAGGAGGGGUGAUCAAGUGUUGUCAAAUGCUGCCAAUGAGUUAAGAUGAGGUGUGAGCAUUGACUUUUGUAUUUGACAUCAUAGUAGUCACUAAGGAUCAGGCCCCAGUCUGUCUAGUCCAUUUGUACAAAUAUGAGAAAGAGGCCCCUCUAGGCGGACCUGGUGUGCAGGCACACAGAAGGGAGUCACCUCGGUAUAAAGGAAAAGGUGUCUGUCCCCCGCCUGAUGUAGUCUUGUACCAGGCACAGCAUGGUGAGAAGACAGAAAGCUGGAUUUCAGCUCCUUCUCCAUGCCUUGCGCCCUUGUGCAGUGCCCAGCCUGUACACCUGUACUCAGCAGCUGUGUUGGUGACCUGGAUGAGCAGUAUCAGUGGAAUGAGUGUGGAUGAGGGGAUGAGAGUCAGAUUGGAGUGAGUUCAAGAGAGAAGGAGAGAGAAAUUGGAGAGCGUGGACAACUUCUUCAAGGAGCUUUGCUGUAUUGGGGAAAAAGAAAUGGCACCGUAGCUGGAGGGGCUGGAGGGUUGAGAGAAAUUAGCCAAGAGAGAGUCAGUGAAGAGAAGGCAUCCUAGGCACAGGACCAGCAUAAGCAAAGUGAGGUUAUUAGAAAUGGUUGGGUUACGUAAGGGUGGAUGAGUCCUAGAACAUCACAUUUGAGGUGAGAGGUGUCAGGAGAGGACACCGGACAGGUGGGCUGGGGCCUUUGUCUUUGAGGCACAGGGGCAAGGGCAGGGUUGGCUAGGUGCACAGUAGGCACUCACUGAGUAUUGCAGGAUUGGCCUGGCGAAUCCCUACCCAGCCUCUCACCCCCUGGCCUCAAUCCACUAGCUGGAAGAUGGGUGUUUCAGGUGUUCUCUAGGCCAAGCAUCCUCUGGAUCAUAUCCCCUUCCUCCGGGUGGUAGGUCUCAGGUUCUGGCCUCUUCUUCUCCCUGGAUGCCCCACCCUGCUCAGGCUGAAGAAGAGGAGGAGGCCCUGCCUGGGUCUAGGGAGGCAGGAGGUCAGGUAGAGGCCUCACCGUGGCAGAGGCGGUGGUGGGCUAAGUGGAUUGGGAACUAGGCCCCUUCCUCCUGUCCAGCCUCCAACACCUGCCUUCCUGAGACUCACCUUCAGGGGGCUGGGGGGAGGUGGGAAGGAGGAUGGAGUCGACACUUGGAGGAAGGGGGAGAAGCUGCUGAUCCUUUUUUCCCUGGAGGGAUACUGAGGAAUGUAUUCCAUUUUGGCUGCUGGGUGGGGAGACGCUGACCCUAUUCUCUUUUAAGAGGCAAAAGUAGCUACACGAAAUAAUAAUAACCCUCUCUCCUGUGUCCAGGGCACCCAAAGCACUCUCUCACACAGAGGCCAUCUGUGGCCUUGUGACAGCUCUUUGAGCUAGUUCCACUUUACAUGGGAAAGUGAGAUUCAGGGAGGGGUUAUAGCUCCCAUGGUCACACAGCCAGGAAACAGCAGCGGUCAGGUUAGAGCCCAGGUCUCUGGCCCUGGCCCACUCAUGCCCACUGCAACAGGCUCCCGCAGCUGCCAAUGAUGGGGAGCAGACCCAGGCCAGGGACUAGGUUUUGUGUGCCAGAUUAAGUGGAGAGACAGCUGUAUCUCCCUCUGGGCUCCCUCCAUUCUUGCCUUUCAUGUAUAUUUAUUAGGUGUGCUAGGUACUGAGCAUACAUUGUGAAGAAGAAGACCUUGCCUUCAGGGGGAUCACAGUCCAUCUAGGUGGACAGAGAGUGAAUAAUCCAUUCCAUGACUUCUCCACAGCCUCGGCUCUGACACCUGAAGGGACAGAAGCGGGCACGGGGAGUCCCGACAGGCGGUUGUGGAGUGGGACGGUCAGUCAAGCAGAGGCCUCCGCAUGGCCCCGCCGUGAGAGCCUGGACCCAGCGACUGGGACCCGGAGCGGUCUAGUGGAGUCCCAGGAGCAGUCAGCACAGAGUGGAAGUAGUGGCUGCCAUGGAUGAGGAUAAGCUUCCAUCUGUACUACCUGGGGAAGGUGGUGCUGCCUGGGACCCCAGCUUGGAGUCCGAGGAAGAACCAGGGGCCGAGAAUGGAAUGGCACAGAGUCAGGACCUGAACAGUAGCUACAAUAGCCCAGGGCAUGAGAUAAGGGGCACUCUGGUGGACACCGAGGAGCCUGCACAGGGCCCGAACGUGGCCCUCCGUGGCCUCAGCCUUGGCCUUUCCCUCACCAAUGGCCUAGUCCUGGGGCCAGACUCAAACAUUCUGGAAGAUUCUACACAGUCCAGGCCCUGGAGGGCUGGUGGGCUGGCAGAGGGGGACGAUGCUUCCAGGAAUCUAUGUCUGGACACUGAGGACCCUCAGCUGGGGUCGGGUGGCCCUGGAGAGCCAGAUGUGCGGGAUGGCUUCAGUGCCACAUUCGAGAAGAUCGUGGAGUCUGAGCUGCUGCGGGGCACCCAGUACAGCAGCCUCGACUCCCUGGACGUGCUGAGCCUCACGGAUGAGAGUGACAGCUGUGUCAGCUUCGAGGCCCCCCUGACACCCCUCAUCCAGCAGCGGGCCCGUGAUAGCCCUGAGCCAGGGGCUGGCUUAGGCAAUGGGGACAUGGGGCCUGAGGGAGACAUGGGAGCAGCUGGUGGUGACGGGGAUCUGGGCAGCCCCCUGCGGCGCUCCAUCUCCUGCAGCCGAUCAGAGAACGUCCUGAGCCGCCUGUCUCUAACUGCUGUGCCCAAUGGCUUCCAUGAAGAUGGACCCCCGGGUCCAGGUGGGGAGGAGGAGGAGGAGGAGGAGGAAGAGGAGGAGGACACAGACAAGUUGCUGAACUCAGCCAGUGACCCCAGCUUAAAGGAUGGCUUUUCAGACUCGGACUCAGAGCUGAGCAGCUCGGAGGGGCUGGAGCCUGGCAGCACAGACCCACUGGCCAAUGGGUGCCAGGGGGUCAGUGAAGCUGCUCGUCGGCUGGCCCGCCGCCUCUACCACCUUGAGGGCUUCCAGCGCUGUGACGUCGCCCGGCAGCUAGGCAAGAAUAACGAGUUCAGCAGGCUGGUGGCUGGGGAGUAUCUCAGUUUCUUCGACUUCUCAGGCCUGACUCUGGACCGAGCGCUCAGAACCUUCCUGAAGGCUUUCCCACUGAUGGGGGAGACGCAGGAGCGUGAGCGGGUCCUUACACACUUCUCCCGCCGGUACUGCCAGUGCAACCCGGAUGACAGCACCUCGGAAGAUGGGAUCCACACUCUCACCUGUGCUCUGAUGCUGCUCAACACGGACCUGCACGGACAUGUGAACAUUGGCAAGAAGAUGUCCUGUCAGCAAUUCAUUGCCAACUUGGACCAGCUGAAUGAUGGCCAAGACUUUGCCAAAGACCUGCUCAAGACCCUUUACAACUCCAUCAAGAAUGAAAAGCUGGAAUGGGCCAUUGAUGAGGACGAACUGAGGAAAUCACUGUCUGAGCUGGUGGAUGACAAGUUUGGGACAGGCACCAAGAAGGUGACACGGAUCCUGGAUGGUGGCAACCCCUUCCUGGAUGUUCCACAGGCUCUCAGCGCUACCACCUACAAGCAUGGCGUGCUGACUCGAAAGACUCACGCCGACAUGGAUGGCAAGAGGACACCCCGUGGGAGGCGUGGCUGGAAGAAAUUCUACGCGGUGCUCAAAGGGACCAUCCUGUACUUGCAGAAGGAUGAGUACAGGCCUGACAAAGCUCUGUCUGAGGGUGACUUGAAGAAUGCCAUUCGUGUGCACCAUGCUCUGGCCACCAGGGCCUCCGACUACAGCAAGAAGUCCAAUGUGCUCAAGCUGAAGACAGCUGACUGGAGGGUCUUCCUCUUCCAGGCACCGAGCAAGGAAGAAAUGCUGUCCUGGAUCCUUAGGAUCAACCUGGUGGCUGCCAUCUUCUCAGCCCCGUCCUUCCCCGCGGCUGUCAGCUCCAUGAAGAAGUUCUGUCGGCCCCUGCUGCCCUCCUGCACCACUCGCCUCUGCCAGGAGGAGCAGCUGCGUUCUCAUGAGAAUAAGUUGAGGCAGGUGACUGCGGAGCUGGCUGAGCACAGGUGUCACCCUGUCGAGAGGGGCGUCAAGUCCAAGGAGGCCGAGGAGAACCGGCUGAAGGAGCACUAUCUCACUUUUGAGAAAAGCCGUUAUGAGACCUAUAUCCACCUCUUGGCUGUGAAAAUCAAAGUGGGCUCAGAUGACCUGGAGCGGAUUGAGGCCCGGCUGGCCACCUUGGAAGGGGAUGACCCUUCUCUCCGCAAGACACACUCAAGCCCGGCCCUCAGUCAGGGCCACGGGACUGUGACUGGCUGCAAAGCCAUGAAGGAUACCGCCGGGCCUGAUACUUAGCUGGCAUGGAUGGGCGAGCCCCAGAGGCAGGCAAAUGUCCCCAGAGGGGUCAGUGAGCACAAUUCCAGCUGGGGGCCACUUGCACCAGCUCCAGGCAGUUGACAGGCAGCCAGAGGGGUGCAGAGAGCCCUGUGGGCCAAGGAGAUGGAGAUGCUUACUCAUGGCGUUGAUCUUGCAUCUUGGGGUUUUUCCGGGCCUCAGACCUUCUCCCCAGCCCUCAUAUUCCUCUCCACCAUGGAGCCUCAUUUUGUAGGCCAGUUGUAUGCAUGUUCUAGACACCAUCUCACUGGGAAAGGAGGACUGGCCGCUGGCUUCCCGGGCCCUCCCCUCCUCACAAGUUCCUCCCCUGAUCUCCCUUAUUUCCAAGGGCAGGACUUGACUCCAGGUCUCAGCUUGGAUCCUCGGCUGUUCCCCUCCUCCUUCUUCAGACUUGACCAGCAGCGGGUCUGCAGACCACCAGCACCAUCCUCUCCUCCCUCCACCUUGUACCUUUUGGAACCAUGCCCUGUUCUCCUGUCUCCCUUUGCAAUAAUCCAGGACCCGGGCCUGUUCCCUCGAUGCCAAGUCGUCUCCACUCGUGUGUGCGUCCACCUCACCUUCCAUUUAUGGAGGCCACUACUGCUUUCUUUUAUAUGGACAAAAAUGUAUAUAUAUAUAAGAAUUAUAUAUAUAUAUAUAUAUAUAUAUAUAUAUAUAUAUAUAUAUAUAUGGAAUCCCUUUAAAGAUGAUUUUGGAACUGAUAUCAGGAUGAAAUAUGAUGAAGAAAAAGCCUAUUUCAGCACUCCACCUGUUAGCAAGGAGGGCUGCUGGGCUGCUAUCUAGUCCCUUGGUGGCCCUGACACUCUGGGAGGGAAGGUGGAGGCGGCGCUGAACCCCUCUCACUGCUUUUCCCCUCUUCCGGCUGACCUGUGACUUACUCUGCUCUUACAGUUGAUGCUUUGGAAUAAGUAGACAGUGUGUGUAUAUGCCACCCCAUCUGUCCCACAGGCAUUGCAGGGUGUGAGUGGGAUGGACCAUGGCCCUGUUUAUAUUUUGGUCUUUAUGUUGGUGCUGCCAGGUCUCUGAGCUACAGAGGUGGCCUCUUGUACAGAUCUACUGCUACAGGAAUAAAAGACACUCUGCCUUGCCAACA